AUGUCCAAUAUGAAGAUUUUAAGGCCUCCAAGUAGCCCGCAGCCACAUGUAAAUGAGCUUCUGAUAGCAAUUGCUGACUCUGAAAGAGACCUUGAUUUAUGGAAAAUCAGUCCUGUGGAGGGUGGUGUAGAAGCAAGAGGGUUGUUUCACAGCUACAUUAUUGUGUGGGUGCAAGAUAUUGAACUGAACUUGCUUGAGCUUUGCAAAGCAGAGAAGGUUCCAUGGGCUGGGGUAACAACAAAUCAAGCCACUUCUCCUUUUGCUGAAGAAAUGUAUGACAAAAUGAAGGACUAUCUAAUUGGGUAUGAAAUGGUGAUCAAUAGAUGGCCUCAGUGCUCUCUGAUUCUUGAAACUGCUGCUGCUAAUAUGGAACGAGCAAUAAUUAAGGCAUUGGAGAAGCAGUACAGUGACAUCUUAACGCCAUUGAAGGACAAUAUCCCCAAGAGGCUGAAUAUGCAUGUCCAGAUGCUGACAAGAACACAAUCCAAUGCACCUUAUUCUGCACCCAAUCAACUGGGAACCUUUUUGAACACGAUCAAGCGAAUCAUAGAUGUCUUCCUCGGGGAGCAGACGAAUGGGAUCCCAGUUCUGCUCAAAACCAACUACAAAAAUUACUUGCAGGCCACGGUGGAAAAGCUUGUCAACAACAUGCAAGCUAAUCGUGGCACGAGGCUGAAGAGAAUAUUGGAAGAGAUAAAAGAAGAAGAUGGGGAGGCUGAUGUUAGCGAAAGAAUGCAAAUGAUGAUGUCACAGCUCACCGAAAACAUAUCCAAUAUGCCUGGUGUCUUCUCCAGCCGGAUAUUCGUUGCAGCCUCUCGUGGAUUGUGGGAUAGAGUGGGACAGAUUGUACUUAGUUUCUUGAGGGCAGAAAGGAGAACAGGGUUUGGUAAAAUGGCUCCUGCUAUGCUCUUGGGGAUCCUUGAAAGUUUAGCACUUUUUUUUACUUACCAUGUUGCUAAAGAGUGUAAUUGA